AUGGGGAAAAUAUUGACAUGGCAGCAGACCGGCCUACUAGUUGUGGCCGUGCUACAGUUUUGUGAGGUGAUUACGAAUGUUGUUGCUACAACGAGAUUGGCAAAAUUUAUAUCGUGCUUAGGCGUGGACACAGCGGUGCCUGACUUUAAAUCCCUGUCACCUGGCAUUCUGGGAGCGGCAAAAGAAACCAGAGGAACCUCGGUGGCGGCGCUCGCCAGAUCCUGUCGUGUCAUGAACUGGGUGAUGGCGAUUGCAAGGCACAGAGGCGUGCGAAGUUCUGCGGCGACCUUUAUCAACUCUCCGGCAGCGCGAAACAGCGGACUAAAGUGUCCAUUUGUCGAACCAGUGUGUGACCCGAACGCCAUCUACCGGACUGUGGACGGAACUUGCAACAAUCUGGCUCACCCACUCUGGGGCUCCGCCUACAUUCCCCUGGCCCGAGAUUUACCGGCAUUCUAUGGCAGAGGAAUUGUACAUGGCCUGCCUAGGCACGAUCUACCGCGUCAGACUGGGCGUAACAAUGUCCCGUUACCCAACGCUCGUCUGGUCAGCAACAUCGUUCACGCGUCCAGUUCGUCUAUCAGGGAAACCUCGGUGACCAUGAUGUACACAAACUUUGGUCAAGCUCUGUCCCACGACUUGACCGACACACCGAUGGAAGCAGGAACUGAUGGAGCCAAACUUAAUUGUUGCCACGAGAAACUUCCCACACAACGUUGUGCUACAAUCAAAAUCCCGUCCAGUGAUUUCUUCAGUCAAUAUGGGCGAAAGUGUAUGAACUUUUUCCGAUCCACGGAGGUGACCGACAUCAACUGCCGAUCUGACAGUAAUGUCCCUAUGGGUCGGCGGGAGCAGCUGAACAUCGCUACGUCCUUCAUUGAUGGCACACAGGUCUAUGGCAGAGAUAAGGUCGAGUUGGGGGCGAUCAGAGGGGAGGAAGGGCUUUUGAAGACGUCAUUUGGCAAUCAGUGUCCCUUCCAGAAACAUCCGAACCAAAAGGCCUUUGAGAUGGGCGUGAACAUGCUUAAAUCGGGUGACGAGAAGAUGUCUGAAUCCCCUGGUCUCGUGGCCUCGAUCAUGGUGUGGUAUCGGGAACACAAUCGAAUCGCCAAAAAGCUAGCCCAGUUACCUAACUUUGCCUUCCUCCCUGAUAACGUUCGAAGCAACAAGAUAUUUGAGGAAGCCAGGAAAAUUGUGAUCGCUCUUAUUCAGCAGACUGUUUACAGAGAAUACCUCCCUGUAACUGUAGGACCAGCAGCUAUGACAAAAUACAACCUGUGGCCUUUGGCCAACGGGUACUACACUGGCUACAAUGCGAGUGUUAACCCGACGUUAGUGAACUCCUUUGCCACAGCAUCCAUGCGAUUCGGACACAAGAGUAACGGUUUAGACCUGUCGUCUCUGAAUAUUCAGCGAGGUAGAGACCACGGUCUACCGUCGUACGGUGACUUCAGGCGAUCAGUGUCUCUGAGCGUGCCGCAAGAGUGGUCCACUCAUCGGGAAUACGGCUUAAAGGAUAUGACCCCAGACACUGUGAAUAGGUUCAGCAAUGUUUACGGAAGCCCCGCAGAUAUUGAUCUGUGGAGUGGGGGAGUUUCAGAAAUCCCUGUGACUGGGGGAACAGUAGGACCGCUCUUUGCAGAACUCCUAUCUAAACAGUUCUCAAGACUACGAGAUGGAGACAGGUUCUGGUAUGAAAACAAAUUCACUGGAUUUCGCCAAGACCGCUUGGCCGAGAUCAGGAAAGUUUCAUUUGCGAAGGUAAUUUGCAAUAACAUGCCCGACAUUGAGACUAUACAACCGAAAGCCUUCAUCAUCCCCAGUAGUGGAGGGUCAAACGAUCGAGUACCCUGCUCAUCCUUACCAGAUAUGAACCUUGACCUUUGGCGAUGA